UUGUGCCUCGCUCAGACAUUAUCUCUCCCCAAGUGUUUUAUCAGCAACUUCCAAGCCUCGCAGCCGAGACGCGAGGCCCUUCAGCUGAUCCAGCAAGACCAACACCUCCUCAACAUCCCAUCCCAUCCUCCGCCAUCAAUCGCAUUCCAUUUGUACGAUAAGCCCGUCUUGCGCGAAAUUAUGCAGUGCGAUAUACAACAGCUGGACUGAAGCAUUUUACUGAGCCGCAAUCGCAAUAAACUCAUGAUACGAUGCCGGACGAGAAACCCAACAAAUACAUCCCGCUCUCAAUCCCCUCCUACGAAGAAGCCACCGGCUCCUCAUCGCGGACGUCGACGCCUUCGCGCGCCGCGGAGGAGAGAGAGGGUCUCCUAGGUGUACCUGGGGGACGGAUACCAGUUCCUACAAGGCGGCAGGGCUAUCGACCUCCGCCGACGGAGGGCAGCGAUGAUGAGGAGGAGCAGGACACGUUUCUAGGGCAGGAUGAGCAUAAUGGGCGGAGUAGCGAGGAGGUCGAGGAGGGCGAGGUGAGGAGGGAGAUGUUGGAGUUGGAGAUUGAGGAUCCGGGGCAGAGUGCGAAUGGGAAUGGGAGGAGUCUGUGGGGGAAACGGAUCUCGAGCCUGAGUCAGAGUUUGGGGUUGGGUAGGAGGUGGAAUUGGAGGUGGAGGCCUAGGAUACCGGAUUCGAUGCGUGGCAGAUUCUCGAGGGUUAGGACGGCGGAGGAGGGAGAAGGUGAAGAUGGGGAGGGAACAGCUACGAGAACGAGGUGGAAGUGUGGGUGGCCGGUCAUCGAUGCGGGGUUCUGUAUCGUGCUGGGACGGUGCUUUGCGAUCUUGAUGGUGAUGGCGAUCGUGUAUGUGAUCUUCAUGUCGGAUCUGUUUACGUCUGCAGCGCAGCGGAUGGCGGGGCAGAUGUUCGAUCCCGAGAGCGUGAGGGUGCAUGUUCAGGGCAUGGCGGACGAGAACCGGAUACGCGAGUACUUGAAGAUUAUUACGGAGAACGACCACUUGGCGGGUACGGAGGGAGACUUUGUACUCGCGGAGUACGUGCAGGAUUUCUUCAGGGCGAAUUUCUUGGAGGAUGUUAAGAUGGAGCAAUUCGAUGUCUAUCUGAAUUAUCCCAAGGUUGGAGGGCGCAAAGUCGAACUUCUGGAUUCGGAAGGGAAAGUUACUUGGAGCGCGAAGAUUGAUGAGGAUCACAUAUACCCGGACAAGCAACAAACGCCUGUUUUCCAUGGACAUUCGAAGAGUGGCGAUGUUACGGGGCCGCUUAUAUUUGCGAAUUAUGGUUCGAGAGAGGAUUACAAGAGGUUGUACGAUAGCGGCAUUGAUACCCAUGGAGCGAUUGCGUUGGUCAGAUAUUAUGGUACCCAAGGAGACAGAGCGCUGAAGGUUAAGGCUGCCGAGCCAUGGGGUUUCAAGGGAGUGAUCAUCUACAGUGAGCCGAAAGAUGAUGGAUUCACAAAGGGAGAGGUCGCACCGAGUGGAAGGUAUAUGCCUGAAGAUGGUGUGCAGAGAGGGGCUGUUAGUCUUAUGAGCUGGGUUGUUGGAGAUGUCCUCACUCCUGGCUGGGCUAGUACGAAAGGUGCGAAAAGGGUCUCGAAGGAAGACAAUCCGGGCUUGGUCAAUAUUCCUAGCUUGCCAUUGAGCUGGGGAGAUGCUCAGCCGCUACUAGAAGCCAUCGAAGGCUUCGGACAGCCUUGUCCUGAUGAAUGGCAAGGGGCUAUUCCCGGUGUGGAGUACUGGUCUGGAAAUCUCUCAUCGCCGGUGGUGCAUCUCGUUAAUGACCAAGACGAGGUCGAGCAACAGCCUAUCUGGAACGUCUUGGGCAAGAUUACUGGCGUGGAGCAGAAGGAGAAAUCAGUCAUUGUUGGCAAUCACCGAGAUGCUUGGGUUUAUGGCGCUACGGAUCCUGGAUCUGGAACUGCAGUCAUGCUGGAGGUCAUUCGUAUCUUUGGCCAUCUUGUUGAACAAGGAUGGAGACCACUUCGCACCAUCGAAUUCGCUUCCUGGGAUGGCGAGGAAUACAACCUCAUCGGUUCCACCGAGCACGUUGAGAAUAAUAUGGACAAGCUGAGGCAAAAUGCUUAUGCUUAUUUGAAUGUCGAUGUAGCUGUUGGUGGUUCUACAUUCAAAGCUUCUGGCAGUCCAGUGUUCAGGAAAUCACUCCUCCGAGUCUUGGACCGCACUUCUGAUCCAUACCAAAACGCCACGAUGCGAAAGAUGUGGGACGAUCGACAUGGACAGCUGGACGGUCUCGGAGCUGGCAGUGACUACGUUGCCUUCCAAGAUAUGGCCGGAUGUUCUAGUCUUGAUUUCGGGUUUGACGGACCUCCUUUCCCCUAUCACUCUGCCUACGAUAAUUUCGAAUGGAUGUCCACUGUAGGAGAUCCUGGCUUUCAAUACCACAAAGUGCUGGCUCAGAUCUGGGCACUUCUCAUCCUCGAAUUCUCAGAUCGUCUUGUCCUCCCAUUCGACAUGACAGCCUACUCCUCUUCAGUCACAAAAUGGGCCAUGGAUUUGGAGAACUGGGCUGAAAGCAAAGGUGUAAACCAAGCCGGUAACCCAACCUGGAGCACCGAACCGCUCAGAGAAGCAGUCCUCCAAUUCGCUACUGACGCCAGAAAUUUCGAGAAGUGGGAAAUGGAAUGGGACGCCGUUGUUCUCGGCGGUGGCGGGUUUGAGAGCGCCAUCUACGCUGCACAUAGAAAGAGCCAUAAUAACAGAAUGGCAAACUUCGAGACUCAUCUCUUGGAUCUGGAAGAAGGUGGUGGUAUCCCCAACAGAACACAGUUCAAACAUAUCCUCUUCGGCCCGCAACUCUGGUCCGGCUACGACGAAGCUUUCUUCCCUGCUAUCCGCGACGCGGUCGAAGCUGGCGAGUGGGCGCUGGCCCAGCAACAAGUUGAGAAAGCCGCGAGGAUAUUGAAGAGGGCGAGUAAGAAGUUGGUGGGGAAUACUUAAGUAGCGGAAGUUUGUAUAUUGAGGACUGGGUUCUUAUGUAUUAUUUGCGCGAGGCUGUGUAUGCAUGGGUGGCGCUUGGCGUUUGAGCGUUGUUUUGUUUUGUUUGGAUAG